AACAGCCAUUCUCCAUGUCAUCUACGGGACUCUUUGAGUUUUGAGAGAAAAAUUUCUCUCUCUCUCUCUCUCCCUCGCGUUCUCUCUUUGCAUAAAAAAUUGAAAGCAGCACAAGGCAGAGACAGAAUUAUUUUAUGGAUAAGAGAUGCAGAGUGGUCGGAUUGUGGGAGUGUUCGAUUAUAAAACAUCUGUACCGACAACAACCACCGUAUGUUCUUGUGAUAUCUCAGCCUUGGUUACCUGUGGAAAUACUCCUGCGCUUUAGUCUUCCCAAAUAACACCCACCAAAAUUUCGUCUCUGCAAAAGGUCCCUCAAAAAGUAAUUUGAGUAAUUUUCACAAUUCAAGCGAUCAUCUUAAUACCAAGUACAUUACAAAUUAACAAAGGACUUGUACUCACGGAAUGGUCUGCAUCAUGCUGGUUGAUGACACAAUAUGACCAUUACCGCCAUCUCUCUAUCUAAUAGGAUGUCACGGGGAAGGGGUAAAACUCCUGGUUGGGCUGCCUUUGACCUCAAGCAGCGACAAAAGCAAAACCUUGAAGGCGAUGUCAUCAAGGACCCCUUCCCGCCCAUAGCAAACACUCUUACUCCUCCGGUCUCUUCUCAAAACUUAAUGAAAAAUAAUAAGCCUUUCUCAUCAGUACUACUCCCAUCUGUAGAUUUUGCAACUUUGGCAGAGAAUGGGAAAUACAAAAACCCAACACUAGUUGGUGAUUCUAGUGGGACAUGUAGCAAUAAGAAUAUGGAAAAAAACAGUCAUGUUUUGGUCGUGAAUAAGCUCAAAGAGCUCCACCAUUGGGCUGACAAGAGCUUGAUUGAGGACAUCUUGGAAGCUGCAGACAAUAAUAUGGAUAGGGCCUCAAAUUUAUUGGAAGCACUGGUUGCCCAUGAUAGCAUUGAAGAGAAUAAGCAAACACCCAAUGUUGAAUUAAAUUCUACGGACAAAAGUUUUAUUCUGGGAAAGACGAUGAACCUCACUGAUAUAAGCUCUACUCUAGAUGGCUGUCUCAAAUACAAUAGCAAGGAAUUGGUGGAUGAAAAUGAUUCUUUUGGGAGGAAGUUUCCUGAUGAGACUCUUGAUGAAAAACUAAUUAUAGAGCAAUUGAAGUCUGUACCUGUUGAACCUGAGUGGGAAGAAGAUGAUGUUUACUUGAUCCAUAGAAAAGAUGCGCUAAAAAUGAUGAGAUCAGCAUCACAGCACUCAAGAGCAGCAACUAAUGCCUUUCAAAGAGGUGAUCACAUUUCUGCCCAACAGCACUCAAUGAAGGCUCGAGAAGAAUGGUUGGCUGCUGAAAGACUCAAUGCUAAGGCAGCCAAGGAAAUAUUGAGCAUCAGGAAUAGCAAAAACGAUAUGUGGAAAUUGGAUUUACAUGGCCUUCAUGCAGCAGAAGCUAUUCAAGCCUUGAAAGAGCAUCUGCAGCAAAUUGAAACCCAAGCACGUACAAAUCAUGCAGGUUCAACAAAUAGGGGUAUGAAAGAAAAUGGGAUUAUACUUUCUCCAUCACUUGAGUUUUUUAGUAACAUGGAUUCAAAAAAGUUGGAUAUGCAACAAGCAUCAUCAAGGCAGAGGCCUACAUCAUUGGAAGUCAUAACAGGUAUAGGUAAUCAUAGUCGAGGACAUGCUGCCAUUCCAACAGCUGUGAGAAGUUACCUUAACGAACACAGAUAUUGUUUUGACGAGUUGAGGCCAGGGGUGAUCACAGUUCGACCGAAGUUCUGUCACCAGUGAUUGAUAAAAUAACCUAUCUCUGCCCAUUGAGGAUUAUGUCCUUCAACCCUGGCAUCCCAAGUUGAACUGCAAUUCAUUCUAUGAAGGAUUUUCAUUUAUGAACAAAGCUCAGGUGUAAUAUUAACUCCGUCCUGUUAGGAAUGCACCAAUGAAUGUGUUAGCAAUAGGAAUCUAGUUUUGUAUGAUUAAUUGAGAUCAUCUAUAUUACUGCUAUGGAAUAGUUACAUUAUUGUAAAGUCUGUUUAUUAAAAAUAAUAAUACGAUUUCUAGCUGUUUUAGAACCCCCAUGAUUUAAAAUUGGGUUGGCAGUUCUGAAGUGACGAAUAUAUAUUUUAUCCUAGCCAUGAUGGAAAGAUCCUCCCA